AUGGCGGGAAUUGUCGAGCAGCUUGACGGCGUCAUUGCCGGGCUUCUUGCUGGCUACAAUGCCUACACCACUCUUCUCGUUGUCACGCUUCUUGGAUUCGUGGGUUGGGUCAUCUACGACACCCAGGAUUCGGACACCCACCCACUGUUGCUUGCAAGACAGGCGCAGGCUUCCUACGUGAGGCAGCCGGGCGAGUCUGCCGUCUACAGAUCGCCGGAGCACCCUCAUGGAUACCCUCUUCGCACCGGCCUUGGAGUCAAGCCUCCGGGAGCUCCCAUGUACACGGCCGGCCGCGAUGGCGAUCUACGAGACAUCUGGCGACGCGUCACCGGCGAGAUUCCGCUCGAAAAGGGCGCCACGUCAAGCGGCACCGCCAACAUUGUGACCGUAUUUGGCAAGGAAGGCGUGACCGAACACGCUAUCGCCGACAUCACCAAGGAGAUCACGAUAAUCGGAAAACAUUUCAGGGACCAUGGCGCGAAAAGGGUCGCCAUCUAUCUGCCCAACAGCCUCGAAUUUCUCGUUACCCUGUUUGCCGGCGCUUUUUACGAUUUUGUGCCCAUCCUAAUUCCGUACAAUCAACCCCACCAGACGCUGAUCGAACUCUUGAACCAGACAAAUGCGGACUCCCUCGUUGCUGAGGCCGGUUCUGUUCCGCUCGCCGAUGUUGGUAAGAGUGUUUCGAGCCUGCGGCAAGUCAUUUGGACAGUAGAGAAGACAAGCAGGCACAUGGACUGGAACGAGGUACCCGAAGGCAUUGGCGGCAAGAUAGACGUGUCUGUCUGGCAUCAGCUUGUUCAAGACCAGAAAGUCGCAUUCCCGGAGCUGCCCAAAGACGCAGGCAAAGAUGCAACAAAAGCUCCUAAUGUCGUUUUCUUGUGGCAGGAGCGCGUGGGUAAAGCAGCGGAGAUUGUCGAGUUCACCCAGCAAAACCUUGCCGCAGGAACUGGCGCUCUUCUUUCUGCGCUGCCCGGUCCCCAGCGUCUCAACGCCUCGGAUUCUUUCCUCCCAGCAGACACCUUCACCAACUCAUACACGCUAUGCCUCACUUUGGCUGCCCUUUACUCCCAUGCUACCGUUAUCAUCAAUUCGGUAGCUGGACCAGGGGUUGACUUGACUCUUGCCACCCGCUCCAUUGCUCCCACGAUUGCGGUAGUGUCUGCCGAGACUGCAGCCAAGCUUCACAACACUACCACUACCUCGAUCACAGGCGGUCUCAAAAAGAUUGCGCACUACCUAGAAACACGAAGCCUUACUGCUGGGCGCUUGCCUACCGACACUUUCUUGUCACGACUCAAUGCACCCACACGCGCCAGCGUUGGCGCGACCCCCGGCAAGCUACGUCUUCUCUUCAUCUCAGAGAGAGCUGGCUUAAACACCCCACCGCUCUCUUCGGAGGAUCUUUCAGACCUCCGCAUCUACACAAAAGCACGCGUGGUGUAUGCUUUGACAGCAGCCAAGGUCGCAGGAGCAGUUGCCCAGACAAACAUUUACGAUUAUAGGAGAGCAGUCACGCCGUCGAACAAGCACAGCCACUUCGGCGUACCAUUAAGCAGCUUAGAGCUGAAAUUGAAAGACACGCCAUCCCACAAGAACACCGAUGAAAAGUUCGUUGGAGAUAUUGUGGUGUCGGGUGCAUCUGUCGCUGGUGGGGAGACAGCUCUAGGUGUGAAUGGCACGAUCAGGGAAGACCAUACCAUUGCAUAUGUAUAG